CCCCGAGCGUGAGGUCAGGCUACGCCCUUCCCUACUUCGGCUGCUUGGCUGACCGCGGAGAUCCACUAGUUGGAACUGCAGGGGCCCCGAGGAACCAAGUCGGCAGCCGGGCAGCGGGCGGUCGAUUCUUUCUAGGGGCUAAGAUGGAUCUUGUACUCAGUAUUGCAGAUUAUUAUUUUUUUACACCGUAUGUAUAUCCAGCCACGUGGCCAGAGGACAACAUCUUCCGACAAGCCAUCACUCUCCUGAUUGUAACAAAUCUCGGUGCUUAUAUACUGUAUUUCUUCUUUGCAACGCUGAGUUAUUAUUUUGUCUAUGAUCAUUUAUUAAUGAAACACCCACAAUUUUUAAAGAAUCAAGUCUCUCGAGAGAUUACGCAUUCUGUCCAGUCAAUGCCAUGGAUGAGCAUCCCCACGGUUUCACUGUUCCUGCUAGAGGUGAGAGGUUACAGCAAACUCUAUGACGGCAUAGGAGAGUUUCCAUAUGGCUGGUUUCAACUCGUUGCUAGUGUCUUGUCCUUUCUCUUCUUCACUGACAUGCUGAUCUACUGGAUUCACAGAGGCCUUCAUCAUAGACUUGUAUAUAAGCGCUUACACAAACCUCAUCAUAUCUGGAAGAUUCCAACUCCAUUUGCGAGUCACGCUUUUCACCCUCUGGACGGCUUCCUUCAGAGUCUGCCUUACCACAUAUACCCUUUUAUCUUCCCGUUACACAAGGUAGUUUAUUUAGGCUUGUACAUCUUGGUCAAUAUCUGGACAAUUUCCAUUCACGAUGGUGAUUUUCGUGUUCCCCAGCUCUUAAAGCCUUUUAUUAAUGGCUCGGCUCAUCACACAGACCACCAUAUGCUCUUUGACUAUAAUUAUGGGCAGUAUUUCACCUUGUGGGAUAGAAUUGGAGGCUCUUUCAGAAAUCCCUCCUCCUUUGAGGGGAAUGGACCUCUUAAUUAUGUGAAGAAAAUGGCAGAAGAAAAGCACAAUAGUCAUGGAGGAAGUGGUUAUAAAAAUGAAAAAUUAUUCAAUGGAGAGUGUACCAAGACUGAGUAGAUUAUUUCCCAAUUAUUAAAAACUUUUAAUCAAGGAAAAAUAACCUACAUACGUUACCGUGAGGAGGCAUAGCAAGUGAACAGUAUCAUUUGAAAAAUCAGUAUUGUGGGUAUAGCUGAGGAAUGCUCACAAUGGUAGAUCAAGGGAACGUGGAUGUGUACCACGAUUUUAACCUCGUGGUCCAAAUACUGGAUGUUGGUCUAAGGAACAAGUUGUGUCUUUCUAGCCAGCAGAUCUGUAAUUUGUAUAGCCUCAACAGCAGUUUUUUAAAAGAUAGAGGAUAAAUUAUUGAGGGGAGAGGGCUGUGUCCUUUUGCCUUAAUUUGUGCAUAGUCAUUAAAGUAAAAUUCAUUGUGGUUAAUGAUAUCAAGACUAAAUGGCAUAACAAAGAAGUACUAAUAUGAAGAUGGUUUCUCGUAUCAGAAAUGAUUAAGUAUUUGGUACAGUAAGUUCCCUACAUAAAAACAAGUUCCAUUCCGAGAUCCAUGUUCAUAAGUCAGAUUUGUUUAUAAGUCCAACAAAGUUAGCUCAUCUACCCAACCAACACAAUUGGCUAUUACUGUUACAGUAAUUGGCUAUUAUUAUUACAAUCUAUUACUGUUCUGUAAUAGAUUUAUAAGACUUUUCACACCAAUAAUACGUAAAAAACAAACACGAAAAAUAAACGUCUUUACUCUUAGAGUACAGUACCUUGAAAAGUACAGUAAUAUAGUAUAGCAGAUGGCACAUGGGCGGUCAUCGAGGGAACAGGUGAGGAGAGUUACUAACUCAAGGAGGUGGGAGAUGGAAGAGCUUCAGAUCAUCAGCAAUAGGGGAUACCAGCUACGUCACCACUGCUUUUAUGCUUGCUUCAGACAUCGGGCUUGAGAUAAAAAUACUGCACAGCACUGUACAGUGAAGAACACAAAAGCACAAUCCCACAAUGUCACGCAUGUGACAGUGUCCACUAGAUAUGUGAAUUAGUGAUUGGACAUGUGCACGCAUGUCCUCGUCUUUGAAGGUUAGAAACGUGAAGGUUCGUAUGUAGGGGACUUACUGUGUUGGUAUGAUAACUUGUGCUUUGUUCAAGUAGAAACAUAGAUUUGAAAAAAAAUCAUAAUGUAUUAUCAGCUCAGUAACCUGAUUAAUAGCUGAUGUUACAAGAUUAUUAUCUUUCCACACAUAGAAAACUUACUCUCUGGUGACAUCGUCAAUGAACAGAUACAUUGGAAUUUUAGAAAACAUUAGUACUGCCAUGAUUUAAUCCAGAUCUGGGAUUAAAGAUUUUGAUGGUUAUUGUUUUCAAUUGUUAUUUAAUAGGUGUAAAAUGAUGUGAUUCUGAAUAUAUGUAGAAAGGGAAAUUUGAUGCCCAGGUAAUAUAUUUAACUCUACUGGUUUUUUAAUUAAAUUGAUGCACUGCACUUUUGAUAAGUUUCAAACUUACAAUCCUGUGAUUUCUAUAAAAGGAAAUAAUUGCCAAAUGUUUUAGGCCUAUCACUGAAGAUUAGUUUAGAAAUAUUAUUUCAAUACCCUCCUGUUUGUUUACUUCUUCCCGCUCCCUCUGCGAAAAGAUUUAACAGAUAACUUUGACUAAGAAAUGUCAUGUGUUGUAAUAUAAGUAUGUUGGGAAAACAUGGUUGGCAAAGGUAUUGUCUAAUCUAUUUAUGUAAACAAUAAAAGUUGAUUAUGACUGUUA